CAGAUUAAUGUAGUUUCUCGUUUCUGUUACCAAUAAGAAGUUAUGAUAACUAAAAUAUCCUUGCAGAAAUAACAUUUAAGAUGUCUUUUUGAAAGUUCGUUUGUUUCGUUGUCUAUUAAGAAUUUUACUAUUAUAAGUUUUAAACACAAUGGAAAAACCUGACAACGAUGGAUAUGUUCAUAUUAAAUGGCCGAGCAAAACAAUCCCCCACGGAGGAGUGUUUCACACAAGAUCCGUCGAAACCAAUAAGACACAGCAGGAAUUUCUCAAAGUAUUACUCGAGGAAUCUAAACUAAGUAUUGCCCAGCGUCAGAAAAGCUUAUAUAACCUAAGACAGCCGGAAAUAAAAAAGGAAAAACAGCGUAUUAUUCAGGAGCCCUUAAUAAGACCAAGGACAUCUCGACGUAGAUCGCUUUCAGCUAUCCGAGAAUCCGGUGCUCUAGAUGUUGACGAUUUUCGUCCGUUGAAACGAGGAGAGGAUCGUGAAAAAUUAAAAAAUAUUUUGAUAAAUAAAAUGGCAUAUGGAGACACAGAACAAAAACCGCCAACGCCCCCGCGAAUCCCAAAGCCGAAGCUUGAGUUGCCCACCAAAAAAGAACAAUGGAAUGAAUUAAUCACGCAAAUACGAGAACGUGCUGAAUGGCUGGCAGAAAUGGAAGACUUGGGACAAGGAGCUAUACAUCGUGAUCUCAUAAAGGAUCAGAUAGCUGAACGGAUGCGAGCGCUUGACGCUUUAGGCAUCGAUAGCCAGUGCUCUUCAGCCAGAUCCACUGCAUCAGGGUUCAGUGUGCUGCCAAGUGAGAGGAGCAUACACUCUAACACUAGUUCUAUUUCAAAGAAAAGUAUGCAACACAAGACUUCAGAUAGAAAUAAAAAAAAAUUGAAUCAAAAAGCAUUUCGAAAACAAGAAGAAAAUGUUUCGGCCUAUGGAAAAUUAUCACCGCUACAAUAUUCACCCAGAAGAAGAGUUUGAGUGCUUAAAAAAAAGUUGUGCUUUUAAUUAUUCUAAAUUCAUAUAAUGUAAAUAAAAUUAAGGGUAUGGCAGGCUCGCAGGGAAUUCAGCAAAGAUUUGGAACAAAAUGCCUUGGUUUUCAAUAUUGUUUAAAGCGGAAAUUAUACAUUCCAUUUUGUGUAAUGAAAUAAAAAAAAAAGAUAUGUGAAAUGCCUACAAUUUAUACCAGAAUUUUAAAUAAAA